GGGGAAGUGCCGCCAUAUUGAAAUGAACGUUCGGGAAUCGUGUUUUUGAUUCCUAAUAAUUCUCAAAAGAAGUAAACUUUGUUUAAAUUGGAUAGUCAAAAUGGGAAGCGAAGUAAAGAUGGAGGUGGAUGUGGAUAAAUUGAAGUCGAAUAUGCGAGAUGAAAAGGAAAAUUCGGAUAAAGACCGAGACAGAGACAAGGACCGCCAUCGACACCGGGACCGAGACAGACACCGUGACAAAGAUUCUGAGCGAGACAAAGAUCGUAAGAGAGAUAAAGACAAGCACAGAGAUAGGGAUAAAAACGACAAAGACAGGGAGAGAAGAAGGGAUAAGGAUAGAGAUAGAAAACACCGCAAAAGAUCAAGGUAGUACAGUACUAGUAAAUUCAGCUGUGUUGAUAGACUCGAGAUAGACCCUUUAGUUGGAUUUGCGUGUACGUUCGAAACGAGCCAUAACACAGCAGACACCUUUGUUGUCUAACGAGAAGCAAACAAUUGGUCAAGUAUUCCAAAGUUUAACCGAAAGAGCACCGUGCAGGGACCGCGGAGCAAGGUGAAAAGUGGGAGGGCUGACAAUUGAAAAAAAUUUUUUUCUAAUAAACGACCAACAAACACUGUCAGUUCAGAUUCAAUGCAAGAAAAGACGCGAUUAGAAUUUUAGUAUAGAAAAUACUACACUGAAGUGAUCUGAAAAAAAUUUCUAACUAUGGCCGUUCACUGUUCAAGUAAUGUAAUUCUUCUUGCCAUCGAAUAUUUCAUUGAUUUGAAAGGAGAAAGACAAAAUAUAAAACUUUUAUCAACUCAAAACAACUGCUCACCUUCGUUUGGCUUGAAAAAGCUAGUAAUUUUCUUCAUUUCAUCUGAUAAAACUUCUAAAAAACUCUGCCGGAGCUGGAAGUACAAAACACGCUGCCGAACGAAGCGAAGGGGUGGCCAAGGCAUGGCGUUUGAUCAAGGGGCAAGUCGGCCCCAGGGCACAAUUACCGCGAAAAGCAUAGGAAACUCACAAAAUGCCUGGCGUUUGAAAUUAAAGAAAAUACAGAGAAUAUAGCGGAAUAUAGAUGGAAAAAAGCUUGUUUCAAGUAGUUGUUUUAUUUCAAUUAUUUUUCUUUUUAGCACAAAAAGUGGGGGCGGGGGCGCAAAAAAGUGGUGGGGCCGCAGCCCUACCAGCCCCUCCCCCUCCGCGGUCCCUGCCGUGUUGCAUCAUGCGUCUGAAUUUUAUGCCAUGUGAAACCAACCAUAUCUGACAUUAUUAUUUCAAUCUAGUUGUUAGCAGUUAUGUUUUUGUGUUUAUGUUUUAUUCAGCUGGCCUCCAGGCUCUUGCCAAAGCCAGUAGGCAAUUGCUGGUUUUCAACCAUGUGACAAGGCAGCCAUGCUGGUGGACAAAACAAUAUAAUUUUGUUUCGCAUGAUUUGCAUGAAAAAAGAGUUCAGUUCCCAGUGGAGAGAAACACUUUUGUUUUUGUCCUCCAGCAUGGCCGCUGUGACGUCAGCUGAAAACCAGCAAUAGUAUGGCCGUCACAUCCCCUCUUAGUCUCCUUUGCAACCACUCAUGCCAGAAUCACGCAAAGAUAACGAUAGAUUUUCUCAGUCAACUUUUUAUCAUAAGACUCCAUGUACUGCACCACCUAUGUGCUGGAAAGAAACAAUGAAAGGAAAAACCUUUUGUUUUUAGCAAACCAUCCAAUAUAACGUUUUACACUUUCAUGAGCUUACGAGUCAUGUUUAGCCUGUCAACACGUAACUAAAUGACAUGCUCAUUGGUCAAGCAGACUAAAUUGCAGGAUAAUUAGACUACGAGUAGUCCCCCAUUUUUCCUCAGGGAUAGUAGAGCGAGCGAAACGCGGCGGGGAGAGAGAAAAAUUUUUCUCUCUCGCCGCCGCGUGUCGCCUUUUCUCGCGUGGGGUGAUUUUCACGCGCGCUCGCGUUUCGCUCGCUCUACUAUCCCUGAGGAAAAAUGGGGGACUACUCGUAGUCUACAGGAUAAUGGGAAAGGAAUAUAUGUCAGUUUGAAUCAGCCACAUGGGGGCAGGGAGCUUGCGUGACUCCCACCCUAAUGGCCUUUUUUCACUUGUUUUAUUUGAUUAAUGUGCUUACUUUAAAAUUACUUUCUUAUAGUGGUGGGAAUCGGUUGAGAUUUCACAAUCGAUCAUCGGAAAUAAUCGGAUUGCUCCAAUCGAUCGAUCGUCGAUUAUAAUCGGAAAAAUCUACCAGUAAGCAUUCCAAGAUUACAUUGCAGCAGUUCAAGUGAGACUGACACGAAAUCAAUGAAACACACGUGCCACAAACCUUUGUUGGCGUAUUUCUUUCUGUAGAGCCUGCAGAUUACCUUCGUCAUAUCCAAGUUUUCCUUUGUUCGGGCCCUUCCUUCAGUUGAUAAAAAUCAAAAUAUUCCUACACGUUUGACCUGGCGUUUCCAGGAAAACGACAGAUCUCUAACUCGGCCAUUUCAGCCACCAUGUUAGACUCGUCAGCAACAUGUAAGGGAGGCAGGUCUGAGAGAGGACCCUGGAAAUCGCUGCGAUGUUGUUUCUUAAUACCUUUCAUUCGCUAGCGAUAGUAGUGACACUACAAACGCGAAACACUAAACUUGUAAUUUAUGUUUUGGUUCAGUUGUUUACGAAAUACAAAGCAGCUUAGCAUGCCACAUCUUUCAAAUAAGCGUGGCGUUUUUGAAGUGACAACAACACAGCGCGCAGGGUACGCAAAGGUAAACACCUUCAAUGUUAGAUUAUAUCUGCUGUUAUGACUUAGAAGUUAGAAGUCCACGAAAAAGACAACUCACACCAAGAUAUUAAACGUACAUUUUUAUUGAUUUUAAUACUUUUAUUUGUCACCAAUAAAUUUUUAAUUUUUCCGCGACAAUCGAUUAUGAAAAAAGCAUAAUCGAUAGUCGCGUUGCUUGAACUUUUCGAUCAACUUUCGAUUAUAAUCGAUCAUCGGCCCACCACUACUUUCUUAACUAGUACAUUUUACCUUCUUCUCUAGAUCUAGGUCUCCUCACAAGUCUAAAGACGGCAAAAAGUCCAAGUAAGUUGUUCUAUGUAGCCUUAAAAUUCACGUUUAACAAAAUGAUUGAUUACACAUACUUUAAUUUUACUUGUUGAGAACGUUUUCUACCUGAGUCAGGGCUUGAACAGAACCUUUUUUGCAGCUUGUCCUUUCGCAAGCAGCUCUCACAUUUUGCUUGCCCUCGGUCACUUCUUACUUGUCUUAGUUAACCCUUUAAGCCCCAAUAUCCACACACAAAUUCUCCAUACUGAUCGUUAUAUAAUCCUUAAAGAAUAUGUAGAGAGAAUUUGAUAAAAGAUCAGAGCAUUUUUCUUGAGGUGAUCAUUAUAUUAAAUCUCAUAACCUAUUCUUUUGAUAAUGUAAUGAUAUUGUGACAAGAAAAUUGAUGUUGAUCACUCUCGGGACUUAAAGGGGUGUUAGUCCGAAUCACGGCAGACUCGAAGAAUUUCAGCCAACUUUAUUUUGAACGUCAAAAACGCACUACUUGCACAAUGUAAAUCUUGUAUCAACUUGUAGAUAACAAUCGUACUCAAACGACAGCAAACGAAGACAUUGGGCGCAGACCUCGUGGUCAGUUCAUAGAAACUUGUAUGUGGUUUUCUGGCAAAUUACAGAGGUAAAUAUCACUCGAAGUUACCAUAACAAUUCUCAAAUGUAGAAAAAAGGCUAACUUACCGAACUGUUCGGCUUCAAAAUGCUAAUACAGGUAGAAUAUACUCAAAUACUAUCCUCAUUUACAAACAAAGGCUAACGACUCCAACAGUCCACAUUCUCUCGCUAAUAAACGGUCAUUUCACGAAAUAAUCUUUCUUAGUCUUCCAUCUCCAAAUGACACAAGCUUGUGACAGGUCUUGUAAGCAAAACAGUGCUAGUUUUCACCUCUCCGCAACGCUGUCUCUUGGCAUGGGUAGCUACCCGUGGAGGCGGUUUUCACUUUUGCCACUCGUACACAGCUGUCAUCAUCGGCAACUACCUCCCAAACACGUGCGAUUGGCCAUUCACCACGAGGGUAAUUUUCAUCUGCAAGUAGAACUAGAUCUCCCACCUUGAUAUUCUCUUUACGUGAUCUCCAUUUCUGUCUUUCCAUAAGAGUCGGUAAGUACUCGUUAGUCCAUCUCCGCCAGAACACUCCACGUAAGUACUGAGCUUGUCUCCACACAGGCCUACAAUGAAGAUCCUCUUUGACGAACAGCCCUGGUGGCAAGCUUGGUGUCGGACGUAAAUGUAGCAAAUGGUUGGGGGUUAAAGGCCAAUCAUCUAGGUCACUGUCGCUGUUGCGUGUCAAGGGUCGACUGUUGACGAUGUUGACAGCUUCUGCCAUCACAGUAGCAAGUACUUCAUCUGUUACGAUCUGCUCUUUCAGUAACGACUUCAACACUCUCUUCGUAGUUUGGACCAUUCUUUCCCAAACGCCUCCCAUAUGACUCGCGGCUGGCGGGUUAUAUUUCCACUUGAUUUCCCUCUGCACGCAGAAAUUACUGAUCUUGUGAUGAUCCCAUUGUUCAACAGCAUUUCUUAACUCCCUGUCGGCUCUAGCGAAGUUGGUCCCAUUGUCACUUGAGAUUUCUUUGGGACAGCCUCGCACACUAAUAAAUCUUCUUAUGGCGUUGAUCGUAGAAUCUGCACUCAGCGAGUGUAAGAUUUCUAUGUGAAGGGCGCGCAUGGUUAGACAAGUGAAUAAGCAACCGUACCUCUUGACAUGUGACCGCCCCUGCUUAACUUCUAAGGGACCAAAACAAUCAAUGCCAAUGUACAUAAAUGGUGGGUCGCCUGGUGUCACGUGUUCCUUUGGCAGUUCAACCAUGAAUUAUUGCUCUGCUGGCUUAGCCUUUCUCCUCUGUCAAUCAGAACAUUUAUUCAGCACACGACGAACUGCUGACCUCCGUUUAAGAAUCCAAUAUUUCUUCCUCAAAGACGACAAAACUGACUCCUGGCCUAGGUGCCCCAUUCUUUGAUGAUGGUCCCUGAUUAUUAAAUCUGUGGCAUGAUGUUUGUAGGGUAAUAUCACCGGGUGUUUCAACUCGUAUGGCAAGGGUGCCCUCCCGAUACGGCCUCCUGCUUGCAACGGCCCAUUCUCGAUCCUUGGAUUCAGCUUGCUCACUGAAGCGCCCGCUUUCUUCAUUAACCCCUUCACCGACCUUUCACAUGCUCCUGUGGUAAGCGCCUAUUGGAGAAUUUGUGCUUCCGGAAACUCCUUCUCUUGACUGUAGCGCAAGAUUUCAUCCUCUGCCUCUUGGAGCUCUUCUACCACAAGGCAACCUCUUCUCUCAACUAGUUCGUAAUUAGAUUGGGAACCUCCCGUGCGUUGUAGGGCCUUGUUCCUAAGGUACCGCUUGUAACGCAGCAACCACGAAAUCGUUACUUUGAGUUUCCACCAAGUCGAAUAGUACUUGAUGACUCCUCCUAUCACGUCGCGACUGACUGAUGCUGUAUAAACUUGUGUAAACUUGACUUUCUUUUCUGAUUUCUGGAUCGUCGUCCUUAACACAAGGGAUAUCAAUCAUUUUCGGCCACCGUGCCUCAUCUUCCCAUAGGAACUCAGGACCUAUUAGCCACCUGUCGUUCUUGAUUAAGGUGCCCAAGUUCAGUCCUUUGGACCCAUCGUCUGCUGGAUUUGCGUCCCGGUUCACAUUCCACCACUCCUGGGGUGUAGAGCCGUCAUGUAUAAUUAUUGUUAAGCGGUUUGACUCAAACGUGUGAAAUCUCUUGGUUUGGUUAUGGAUACACUUCAACACGGAGGUGGAAUCUGUCCAGUAAAUGCUCUUGUUGACUGCCAGGUCCAGCUCAUUGCGGAUUGCAUGGCUGAGUUUCACGGAAAUAACUGCGGCAGUUAACUCGAGUCUUGGUAUGGAAAUUUCCUUGAUCGGAGCUAGCCGAGCCUUUCCUAUAACAAAUGAGCAAUGUAUCUUUCCAGUGAUAUCCUUCAGACGGAGGUAGGCAGUAGCUGAAUAUCCUUUGCGCGAGGCAUCUGAGAACAAAUGCAACUGGGUUUCUUGAACUUUCCCAAAUCCUUCUGGCUUAAAACAUCGAUCGAUCUUAACUUCUCUCAGUUUGUCGAGAUCAUCAAUCCAUCUCUCCCACUGCAGACAUUCAGCAUCUGUGACCGGUUCAUCCCAUCCAAUUCCUUUCCGGUUCAAGGUUUGAAGUAGCAGUUUCGCCUUUAUGAUAUAUGGAGCAAUAAACCCUAGUGAAUCAAACAAGGAGUACACAACGGACACCAUGCCUCGCUUUGUCAAUGGCACUUUGGAAGUUGCACUCAUGAGUUUGUCAGAAACCUCCUGGACAAAUUUGUCAUCUUCAAUGUCCCACUUUAGCCCAAGGGCACUCUGUGUUGGAAGCUGAUCCAACUCCAAGUUGACAACAGACUUGGCUCUCUCUGGCUGCGGAACAACAGCUAGAACUCUCCUGUCGUUACUGCACCACUUGGUCAAAUGGAAACCACCUUUACUAAGCUGUUCUUUCACCUUGUGUACAAGCAAGGUCGCAUCCGCUGUUGUUUCAGUUGACUUCAUCAGGUCAUCAACGUACAUGUUCCUUUUGAUAACAUUUGCAACUUCUGAAUUCCAACCUCCAUCCAUCUCAGCUGUUUUCUUUAGACAAAGGUUCACAACGCUCGGUGAAGAUGUGGCCCCAAACAAAUGUUUGACGAUACGGUACUCUGUUAGCUCUGCUGACAAAUCCCCUCCAGGCCACCACAAGAACCUCAACGCAUCACAAUCCCUGGGUUCCACUCUAACCUGAUGGAACAUAGAUUGUAUGUUGGCUACAAGACCCACAAACUCCUGACAAAAGCGAGUCAGCACCCCCACAAUAUUAUUAGUUAAAUCUGGACCCUGCAACAGUUGGCGCUUCAAAGACAUGUGCGCGAACUGAGCAGCACAAUCAAACACAACGCGAACCUUUUCGGGUUUUAAGGGAUGCGUCACUGGAUGGUGUGGCAAGUACCAUACUGGCCGGUCCCCUGGUUGCAACUCAUCGGUGGGCACUCUCUCCCCAUGGCCUUCUUGAAUAUACUCAUUCAUGGUUGCGUUGUACUUGGAGAACAAAUCUUUGUCUUUCAGUAGACGCUUCUUUAGAAGUGCAGCUCGCCGCUCAACCAUCAGCCUGUUAUUUGGCAGAUAAGGGGGGUUUGUUCACCAUGGAAGCCCUACUUGAAAGUGUCCAUUCACUACUUUCAGUGACUGUUCCAUCAUUUCUAAUGCUCUCUUAUCCUUGAUCGAAGGACUCACACUCGAACUCACAACAGAAUCUGCAAAGUCAGUGCUCCAAAGCCUCUCAAGUUGCUCCUGCAAAAUUUCGUCACGGAUUUGACGCUUGGUGUCUUCUUCAUCACAAAGGAAUGUCCCGUCUACUACACCACUAACACUUGACCUUUCGAUCACACCUUUGAUGUUACGCAGUUCGGCACUCCCGUCUUUGUGCGACUGCUCCGCAGCAACGUAAAACUCUUUGUUUCCAAGGCGAACGAAGUUGACGGAACAACGCUCAUCAACUCUUGUCCCACUCAGAGGACCCAUAACUGUCCAACCCAUGGAAUAUCACACUGCUACCGGCUCGCUAUCUCCACCUGAUCUGCCCUCUAAUGGGAUAAACAGUGUAGGCUUCUCUUUAACACCAAUUAUUAGACCAACAUCUGACACUCUGGACUCCAACAGCUCGACGUCUCUCAAAUGAGGCCAAUUUGAAAUGUCGUCCUUUCGUGGAAUGCAAGUGGAGGACACGGGUAUCUGCUCAACAGUCCUAACAUUUGUCAGCUCUUCUGAGACUUUGUUAUCCAUGGACAUCACAACAAUGUCUAUCACAUGCCCUUCAACUUUCCUGGUCCCCAUCACCCCUUGCAACUCAUAAUCAUGUUUUAAUCCCCACGAUCCAAGCUCAAGAGAGAGUUGCUCCUUGCAUAAGGUUACCUCACUACCACUGUCCAAUAGGGCAUAAGUCUCCACAACUCUUCCUCCUCUCUUCGCCCUGACUUUAACAGGAACGACCCCUAAGCAGACACGCCUUUCACCUGCCCCAGUUGCUACAGUAACAGAAGCUCUGCCACCACUUUGACCAUCUUGAUUGGUUCUGUGUGUUGCACUUGUAUAAGCCAUAGCUGCAUUGGUCUGCUGACGAUUUUCUUCCAAAGUGGGAGGGGUGGGGUGUAACAGAGUGUUAUGAUCCUCGACACAACCUUGUACUUGACACUUAAAGGUUUCCUUAGGACAAUGGUCUUUGAAAUGCCCACCACCAAGGCACUUGAAACACAGUCUCUUGUUCAGUACUGUUUUUACUCUGUCCCGGCUCGAAAGGUCUCUAAACUUCUCACACCUCCACAGCCCAUGUUGUCCUGAACAUACUGGACAGCUCCUGUUUGUACCAAUUUCUUUUCUUGCACUGCUUUGUUCUUCGCUGUGAUCGGGGUCGACAUUGGUCGCUAAGGUGGUCAUCCUUGUUAGAGUUCUUCCCCUUUUCUCUUCGCUUUCCGGACUCACAAUCAGAUCCCCAAAUUCAUUGUUUACAAGCUUUGCUCUGUGCUUCACAAACUUUAACAAAUCAGAGAACUUUGGUCUUCCACCAGCUUCAAUAACUUUGCCAGCGCACUCUGCCCACUUUCCUCUCAAAAAAAGGGAAGUUUUCUGCUCAACUCCAUUAAGGUGUUUGAGUGGUUUAAGUCACCAACAUAAUCCGGACCCAUACCCCUAAGGGUUCUAUCUGCUAUUUCAAGGUGUCUUGUAAACUCCAAUAAUGUUGACCCCGCACAAUUCUUUAAUGGUGGUAGGUUCUCUAACUUCUUCAGAUGACCUUUAGCAAUUAUGUGAGGUAGACCAAAGUUCUCCUUCAAGGUUUCCUUUGCAGUUUUGUAACCCUCUGACACUGGCAAGUUAACACAACUUUCGAUUGCCUCUCGUGCUACACCCGUGCAAUGUUGAAUAAGGCGUUGCAGAUUUCUAGAAUUGUUCGUGCUGUCUUCCAGACAGGUCUCGAAGUUGUGUAUGAACGAUGCAUAGUUAAUCGGAUCUCCAUUAAAGUGCAUGUAUUCUAACUUUGGGGUAUUCAUGACUUGGCUCAAAGUUUUAACUAUUUGUUCCCUGGCAUCAAACUCUGCUGGUGACUGCUUUACUGAGGCCUUAACUUCCUGGAUUGAGGGCGACUGUUCAUAUUCGAGUUUCGUCCCCCAGCAACCUCUGUUAGGUGAGCUUGCCAGUGGGUUUAAUGCAGCAUCUCCCUGCAGAGAUGAUCCUGGUUGCUCAUUUCCCCCAACAAUUGGUAACUUUGAUUCACAGCCUGGGGCAACUGGAAAUGGAGAGGUAAGACCACGUGGAAAUUCUUCAAGGUUAGGCUUAAUAUCUGAAUGAUACAAGACAUCUUCCUUGCAAUCUACAUCCCCAAGGCCUCCAAAUCAAACUGUUUUUUUUUUAAAUUAAAGGAGGUGUCUCAUGGUCAAUCGCACCAGCCCCACUUUCAGAAUCAAGAGUACUAAAACUGACAUAGGCCUUCUCAGCUUCCAUUUUGGCCUCCAUUAAUUCCCGUGGGUGAUUAAGUUCAGUUAAUCUGAGUUGAAGCUCUUGCCUUUUCUUUAAGUGUUGUCAAAAUCAUUUUUUCCCUUCGAGCAUCAAACCCACUAUAAACCGAGUUACAGCUGAUUUCAGUACUCACGGUUUUCACGCUCUUUCUUUCACGUGACCUCAUGCUUCCUUCAAUGGACUUUGAUCCACAGACGACGUGCAUUUGUUUCACAAUCUCGUCCAAUUCCAUUUUCUUUGCAAACUCUUCGUCGUACAUGGUUUGGGCACCGUUCCUUUUAAACCCUGGCUCUGUUAAUUCCAUAAAACAUUCAUGGGUUUUCACAAACGUCCUCCAUGUUUCUUCAUACACCGCCAACUUUACUUCUAAAUCCUCUGACCAUAUAUCUCCUCUUUCGAUUCGCAAAUUAGCAAUUUCCUCACGCAUUUUCCUUAGCACCCGGAUUAAUCCAGCUUUGGAUCUCUUCAAUUGUUCAGCCCUCUCAGCUCGAUCCUCUUCUUCAUUUCUCCUUGUCGAAUACGUUCGUAUUCGAGUUCCCUUUCGGGUGGCAGGACGUGAACUAGUAGACAUGUUUCACACAGAAUCGACCAAACGAAGCUCUAGUUCGAAAACUGUUAGUUCGAAUCACAGCAGACUCGAAGAAUUUCAGCCAACUUUAUUUUGAACAUCGAAAACGCACUACUUGCACAAUGUAAAUCUUGUAUCAACUUGUAGAUAACAAUCGUACUCAAACGACAGCAAACGAAGACAUUGGGCGCAGACCUCGUGGUCAGUUCGUAGAAACUUGUAUGUGGUUUUCUGGCAAAUUACAGAGGUAAAUAUCACUCGAAGUUACCAUAACAAUUCUCAAAUGUAGAAAAAAGGCUAACUUACCGAACUGUUCGGCUUCAAAAUGCUAAUACAGGUAGAAUAUUCUCAAAUACCAUCCUCACUCACGAUAACAAACUCGACCAAGGCAAAAAUGUUUUUGAGUCACGUGACGAUAAACAAACAAAUUACUCCUAAGGGGAGUCAGGAGCGACAAGGGGUAAUGAUUUUGUUAGAGGUUGACUUGCCUGGACCCCGGCAAGUAAGCUUUACAUGUAAAUUUACUUGCCCAGCAAGAAAAUCCACUUGUCCAGGACUACUGCCCAGAUGUAUGACAUAUGUGAUACAUUGUUCAAGAAACAGUGAAAGAAAUUUAAAGUUGCCCAGAAUUAAACAAUCAUACAGACAGUGCUCAUUUAUGUUCAGUGAUGUAAGCUUGUAGAACAGACUUCCUGAGUAGUUGAAAGACUGCUCUACCUUGAUGUCUUUCGAAAACAAACUUAAUCAAGUUGAAGUGUGUAAAUUGUAAUGGCCAAUGUUUAGCAAUUCCUUAGUUAGUUUAUCUUUAAAUUCUUGCCUAGGAAUCAUUGUUUUUUUGAUUGCUUUUGUGGUUUUUUUUUAGCCAAGUGUAGAUUAUCGAGAGAUGUUAACUGCUACCCUCAAUAAAAAAGUUUUAUUAUUAUUAUUAUUAUUAUUGUUAUUAUUGUUCGUUUGACCGCAAAUUAUCUUAACAGAACAGAUGAAAAUAAGAAAGAGGAGCAGGAGCAGGAACAAGAAAAGCCCAAAAAAGUGGAGGUUAGUUUAAUUCCACCUUUAGCUUAGCAAAUGAGCUGUUAAACUCAUCACCAAUAGAUGAGCUUGGGCGUUGGUGCCUACAAAGUUGGUGGAGCCGGGCAAUGCUCUAGCAUGAGGAGGAGGUAUCCAUGGCAACCCUGCAAGCGGCCCCCACCAGGCACCGUCACACUGAACAAUUCAGUGGAAUACUUACCGACCCAAUACUUACCUAGCCCAUACCUUAAGAGGAGGGAGGCAUGGGAGAAACUAAAGCACAAACUGGCAGGCAAACAGCAAGCUAUUGCAACAACACUUUGCGAAGAACUGCAAGCAAGCAACUGCGUAUAUAAGUCACGAGGUGCCCCUGCUAGAGGCAUCGGGCCACCCCUACUAUAGCUGGGGAAACAGCUGACCAGCAUUGCUUUGAGGUUAACUUUGCCUAAAUUACAUUUAGCCACAUAAAAUUUACUCAUGAACAAUGCACCAAAUAGAAAAAUGUUUUUCCAUACCUAGAGGAUUUUUUAUUCUUGCAACUCUCUCAAUCACCAAGGACUGGCUGCAAAUGUCCUUCUUAGAGAGUUGACUGUAUUACAUGUACUACAGAGAACAACCCUCUGGGCCCCAAUAUUGACGUAUAGAUUCUUCAGAAUAAUCUCCCAUUUCCUUAAAAGAGAGUUGAGUGAAUUUAUAUCAAAGUACAGUAAAAACCCACAUAUAAGAACCUAAAAUGCUGAAAUUUAGCAUUUUAAUACUCAAGUUUAUAAGAACCUGUUCAGCCUGGCAAGGACAAGAGCUUCUUAUUCAAAAGAUCACCUCAAUUUCAAUUAUCAAAAUUCUGGACAUUAAUAAUUGUAGUAUUAUUGUACAUGUAAGUGAAACCUCUAACAAAAUGUUAUUGUGUUAUUGUGUUAUUGUGUAUAUGCUUUCUUUAAUAUUAUUUCAAUUAACAUGAUGUGCACAAUAUAAAAUUAAAUAGUCCAAAAUGUUUUGUUCAGCAUGUUAUUGUUUAGUCAGCAAGCAUUCUGACUGUUAUUAUUUAGCUUGGCAAGCAUAUGCUUGUUAUUUAAACUAAUUCUAAACCAUGUUAAUGACAAUGGUACGACAAACUCUGAAAAAUUAGGAACCUAUUAAGAACCUAAUCAGCCUGAUUUGUCAAAAAGUACCUGGAAAUUUAAGAACCUGUUCAGCCUGAUCGUGAAAAUUCUAGGUUCUUAUAUGCAGGUUUUUACUGUAUUUUCCUUUUGGGGAUCACUUUAUUUAUUCUUAUAGCCAUUUCUCUUUAUGAUGUAUGGAAAUGAAUAGAUGUUGGUCAAUCUUGUGACCAAGGGUUAAGCGAGGUGAAAUGACUGCAAAGAAAGGGAAAUGGAGUACCUCUUAUUGUUCAUCUUAGGAAGGUGUCUGCCUUAUAGAGGUGCUCAUUAAGAGAGAGUUGAUGUAAAAAGUAUAUGCUAGCUUUGUUUCAAGGUGGUACUUACAUGGACACUGAAUGCACUAUUAUUAUGCGAAACUGUUGACGUUUACAAUCAAAAAACCUAAACUGCAUGUACAACAUAGUGAGAGAUCAGAGGUACAGGUAUACGUGUAGUUGUGGUUUAGAAACCCAGAAUUCUAAAAAAUGUUGCAAGUGUAAGAAGUCUAAGCUAGAGUACAUUUGUAUAUUAUUUUCACAGCCACUUUCACUGGAAGAAAUGAUAGCAAGAAGAGAGGCAGAAAAGAAAGCUCAAGAAAAGGUGUGUUACUGUAUAUAGAACUGAAAUAUAACUAGUAAUAACCAAAGGUUAUGGAACGUGAGCAACAAAGAUUGAAGGUUAAAACGCUUUUGCUGUGCUGUGCUUUGUGUAAGUUUCAUGUGACAGAUGUUCAAAACAUGCAUGAUCAAAUUAUGAGUGAUCGAAGGUCCAAACACCUGUGAUCAAAUUGCAUUAUGUGUAUUCCAUUCAUUCUUAGUGGAAGUCCAAACGAAAGCUGACUACAUACAUGCAACCCAUGUGUAAUAACAACUUGGAGAUUAGGAUUGUGGGCUCCUCUUGUUGCCCACUAUGAUAAUGAACAUUGGAACGCUGUCUCUGUGACCUCUAAGGGACCAUGACAUUGAGGUCAUAAUAAUGAGCUGGACCUUUUAUCAACUGAAGGUUUUAUAAUAAAGUUCAGGGCCGAGUUGUUCAUAGCUGGGUUAAGAUAACCCAGGGUAAGUGCGAGAUUUUAAUUCAGAUUUGAAAGCUUAAAAAGCGUUUCUAUUCUAAUUUUUUUGUCUGCAAGAUGAUAAUGGGAAGCUCUAAAAAUAACAGAGAAAAUUGUCCCAGAAAAUGCUUUAGAACACAAGAAAAAGAAAACCAGGUUAAGUUUAACCCAGGGUUAGCGCUAAUCAGCAUUCGAACAACUGGGCCCAGAUAUAAUGUGCACUGGUUGGAACAUGACUGUGGGCAGACUUAAUCAUGAGGCUCAAUGAUCUGACAUUAAUUUUGUUGACACAACCUUUUACUUCACCAGGGUAAUAAAUAAAGGCCAAGUGAAAACUCAAUAUUGAUUUUGCUGUUGUGUCAUUUUGUUUUGUUUGCUUGUUUGUUUUUAGAAUAAAAUAAUAUUUUUUGUUGUCUUUAGCCAACUUUUUUAACAAAGGAACAGAGAGCAAUGGAAGCAUUGAAAAGACGGCAACAGCAAGUUGAGGAACAGAAAAAAAAGACUGAGGUAAGAGAGGCAUGUUUUGUCCCUUUUUGUGACUUCCUUACAUGUGAUUUAUUUUACACCAGACUUUGGUUGUUUAUAGAGAUGGUUGCUCAUUCAAUGGAUAGAGAGUGAGGUUAAGAAUUACAUUCACGAUAAAGGGUGAAUCCAAUUUUAUUUGUAUGUGUACCUUGUGCCAAAGUCUUGUCUUUACUAGAAAACUUACUGUUUAUCAUAUGUACUUAAAUAUGAGAAAUUUCAUGCCAGUUCCAUCCCUAAGAAUACAACUGUUUUGGACAGUUUCCUUCAGCUCAUUUCUUAAUUUGAGCAGAAAAAUUAAAAAUUCCAUACCAUCUACAUUGUACAUGUACAUUGUACUCUCAGAUGGUUCCUUUUGAGCUUUGCCUAAAUGGCAAGCUGGGAGGCAAAUAAAAUAAGUAUUAAUUUUUUUAUAAGUUAUAACUAUGUUGUUCACCCUCCAUUUGACCAAUCAGAACAAAAAAUAGUACAGUGGAACCCCACCUUACAGCCACCUCGGUAAUAUGGUCACCUCAUUAUUACGGCCACUUUUUUUGGCCGCCCGCCAAAAAUAACCAUACCUUUUCUUGUAAAGAAAUCCUCAUUAAUAAGGUCACCUUGUUAUUACAGCCAAUUUUUUUUGGCCCAUUGGUAACCGUAUUAAUUGGGUUCCACCGUACCAACUGGUUUGGAUAACUUUAGAAAACUGAAAAAUGGCUGGUCUUAAUUUUUUCCCUUUUUGGGGCUUUUCAUUUCAAAACAAACAGGAGGAGCGUCAAAUGAGGGAGAAGUUUUUACGAGAGGCACAAUAUUCAAGAGGUAAGUAUUGGAAAAAUGUUUUUAAAUAAGAGAAUCCUAUUCAUUUCAUACUGUAACACAGAAAAGUACACAUUAUUAUUAAUGAAAACAAAGACAAAAAGAAAAAUAGAUUGUUUUUACAUAAUUACAUAUACAACAGAUAAAACUGACAGUUACAUGAAAUAACUGCCGUUUAAUUUAGGCCUGACUUUGCUUAACUUACAUAGUUUCUCGAGGAAAGGAAAAGAGGAAUGGGUGGAUGGUUUUACUUUAAGGGGGAUGUAUAGUUAACAAAGCCAUUAGCGAGUUAAUAGGGUAACAGGUGCAAGCCAACAAAUUUAAAUAAGGAAAAGUUUCCAUUUGUUUGAAAUGUGGCUAAAUAGAAUUUAGGCUAAGUUAAACAACAACAACAAAACAACAAACAACAACAACAAAUUUUAUUGAAAAUUGGAAAAUAACUAAUUACAUUACUUUCCCACCUUCAAAUAGCUUAUGAACUAAUCAAGGCGGGGGGAGCUGAAGACAUAAUUUACAAAACAAGAUUUAUAUAUAGAUGGACUAAAUAACAGUGAAGACACUACUAUACAGUAAAUAGAAUUUAAACUAAUAUAAAACAAAGCAAGUACAUAACGAUUACGAAGAGAGGCUAACCUAAAGUAUUCAAUAACUUAAUAAGACGGGAGACUUCGACAUAAUCAUCUUCUGACCGCAAGAAAUUUGGUAAUAAUUCCUUUAUUUUUUUACAAAAGGACGAACAGUUAAGUAUUUUAAUCGACUAAGGAAUAGAGUUCCAAAUUUGGGCACUGCUUCUUGUGAAAAAGGCAUACAUUUUAUCGGUUCUAGGGAACUUAACAUAAAACGACUCGCUAGAGACAGAUCUUAAACACAAAACAAUGCAGGGGCUUCACAUGUUUUACAGCUUGGCUUCAGAUGUCAAGUCAUUUUGCAUUCAUGUCUUGCUAUUGGGCAGUUUUUCGCUAGUUUUUUACCCCCAGCCCUCCCAACCCCUCUUGGCUUGGAAAGUAUUUGGUAAAUAUCUUAGUUUCCACUGUUAUUCAGUGUGACAGUGCCUGGUGGUUGCUGCUAAAAGGGUUGUCAUAGAUACCUUACGCAUUCGGCUCAGUGUGAUUUGAGGCUCCACCUUCCUUUUAGGAACCAUUCCCCAAGCUCAUCUAUUGUUGAUGGGUUUAAAACGUGGUCGAAGAAUUACAGCAAUGUGCUACUUGUCAUUCUAUCUCAAUGAUGGAAUUUAACUUACCCUUAAAGAGGGACAUUCAUGAAGACCCUCCUGGACGAUGGCUUUAGAGGUUGCAACUUUAGAUAGUUUACUGCUCUCAUCACUAACAUAAUCAUCCUCACUUCUUAGUACAGUUUGCUGUAUUAUUAUUUUGCAUAAUUAUUUCGAUAAACUUUAAAAUAUGUUUUUUUUCUUCAUUUUCUAAAGAGGACGAAGUGGAAAGGGAAAGAAGAGAAAGGCGAGAAAGAAGAGAAAAGAACCAAACUGAAGAAGAGGUAGCGUCUUUGCCUGUUAAGGGCAAGGGUGGAUCAUGAAUUUUUUUUUCUUUAGUGGUCCAAACUCGACCUCAUCAUCAAAACUGUUUUACAGCUAAUUAUUUCAACCCUUCUUGAUAGUCAUUUUCUAGGAAACUUCAACUACUUAGAUCCUUAAAUUUGAUCCUUUAUUGGUAAUAAUAAAUUAUUUUUAGUUUAAAAGCUAUUAGUUAUUCAAUUACAUUUUUUCUGGUCUGAUGGGUGAAUUUAAGGGGGUUUUGGAUCCCAUGAUCUUAUCCUGGUUCAGUCACUACAAGGGUCUAGUUAAUGAACAUUAAUUGGGAGGAAGAACAUGUGAUAUUAAUUUACUCAUUAGUGCAAAGUUAAUGGUGAGUGAUUAUUUGCAAAAGUGAAGAAUGAUUCUUACAGUGUACUUAUUUAUUUACUUUGUUUGAAAACUCUUUUUUUUUUAGGCUGAGAGUGAAAAAGAAAGACUGCGAAAGGUACUAGGAUUAUUAUAGAUAAUUCACCAAAAACUCAGCAGUGGUUAUGUAACAUUAUAAAUUACAGCUAUUGCAAAAGGUUUUACAGAUGAGUGUAUUUACACAAGAAUAUAAAGCAAGCCCCAAUGAAACAAGUACAAAUGGUGGCUUAGAUUAACAUUUUGGCCUGCAAAUAAAGAAAAAAUAAUAAUCUUAUUUAACAUAGCACAUACAUUUAAGAAUCCCGAUGGAGUCAUGCCAGUUGACUAUCUUCAAGCAGGCAUGGCUGAGGAGUUGAACUUGUCCCUACUGUGAACAACCCUUGCUAGUGGCAAGGGCAUGAUUUUAACCCAAGCUUGAAUUCAGCACCCCACACAACUUGGUCAUUCUGACUCUGUCAAGUCUUAAACAUUUGUAUCUAAGGGUUUAGGUGAUGUUAAUUAAAUUUGUAGUAAACAUGCACAGUGUAGUUUUCUUUGCUCUUGUAGGAGAAAGAGCAAGAUAAAGAGGUGCAAGCUAUCAAGGUAAUGUAUCAUCAUCUAAAUGAGAUUUGUGUAUGAACGAGACAGUGUUUAUACAUGUAUGCCAGUAAUAAAAUUGUCAAAAGAAGGUAAAAUCUUUAUCUAGUAUACAAGUAAAAAAAGAACAGUCUGCUGCAGUUAUUCAGAUGGUAUGGAAUGGAAGAGUGUCAGUACAUGAUUUCUAUGAAACAACUAGGAUUUUCUAUGAGAAAGAUAAUUUUUCCUUCAGUGACACAGGUGACUCAGAAGGAAAAAAUCCCAGUUUUCCAAAAGGCUGAUUUACACAGUAUGAUUUUUCCUUGCACGGCUAGCAUGCGUCUGACUUCAUGACAGAUCAUGUCAUGUAAAUUAGACCCACUACAUUCACAUGACACAUUGUGGAUGUCAUAAGUGAAAAUUGUGCGUGUGUGGAUGGUCAAAAGACAUAUGCUGGUCGUGCACAAUAGUCGUGAGCAAAAAUUGUACUGUCUAAAUCAGCCUAAUAGGAGUUGAACCUACGACCUUGUGGUUACUAGUCCAGAGGCUCUACCACUGAGCUACAGGAUACUUGUUGAAGAUUCAUGAAUCCAGGAGCAAAUGUUAGGCACCAGGGGUCAAGCUGGCAUUGCCAGAGCACAGCCUUGGUUUUCAAGAUAAUGUUGGAAGGCAAAAGGUCUUGUAAGUUCAUACAAAUGUCUACUUAGAGAAACUUGGAAACCACCCACCUACCCCUCCCCUAGCCCAAAAUUUUGCCCCAAGGGAAAAAUAGUAGUGUCAUUGUUGGUUUAGUGGGGGAGUGGUGGGGAGGUGGGCAAAUCUUAGAAUUUUAUGCUGAUCUAAAAGGUACAUGGGCCAGUUUUUUGUCCAAUUUUUUUACUAAUGGGAAUUUUAUGGCUAUUUGUCUCCACAAAAUCACUGUUUUCUUCACUGCUUGAUCCUGAUGUGAUUUAUCAGAGAUUUUCUGUGCAAGUGUUACUAAGAAUCUACCUUGGCAGAAAUCAUGCCUAAAAUUGCACAAAAUGUCACCUGUGUAAAUGGGCCUCUAACAAUGUUUAUCUGUCCUGCUUCAUUCCAGGACAGAUACCUAGGUGGAGCCAAAAAAAGAAAGAAGGUUCGUCGUCUUGCUGACAGAAAGUUUGUGUUUGACUGGGACACAGGGGAAGACACUGCAGUCGACUACAAUCCACUGUAAGUAAUCACAUGACUGUACCAAGCUUUUUGGUGCAAUCACCAUUGACACGUUUAGUUGAAACAAGCUUUUUUAUUUAUUUUUUUGGCGCAGUAGUGGUUAUUUAUUUUAAUUAGUAUUAUUGAGACACACAUAACAAAUUGGUUUUACGCUGUUUCUUAAAAAUACAAAUGAUUGUAAAUUAUUGAAUGUAGAUUUACCAUAGUUGACUUGACUGUAUUGCUGUAUAGUACCAAUAAUUAUCACAACUGCUCGUGAUUCAAGUGCUUCAAAACAACACAGGCUCUUGUCACAGUCCAGAGGUACUUACGUAAGGGUAUUGCUCAUAAAAUUUUGACUGUUUUAAUAAUACAACUCUUGUUUGGACUAAGAAUUCAAUGUUGCCAGGUAUAUACAAUUAGGAGGUCAGGAACUGGACUGGACUACGAGUAGUCCCAGUUUUUUCUCGGGGAUAGACUACUGGUAGUCUAGAACUGGACAGGUAGCAAGUUCUUUUCCUUCUAUAUUUUUACAAAUCAAAUAGACCAUAGAAAUGACAUCAAAAUGUUCAUAACUCAUGUGAACCACGAGCUGCAGGCCUUUGAAAGUAGCAUAACCUGAGAUCAGGAUCCAGGGAGUCAUACUGUUAGUUGCGGGGUGGGGGGGGGGAUUUCAAGCCCCUGGGUGUCACUGACAGGUUAUUAAAACAGAUUUCCCAUCUAAACAUAGGUUGUUGUUAGGUCUAACAGCAUCGCGAAGACUUACAGAACAUAUCCGUCUACUUAUAAUAAUGAAAUAGACACCUUACAAACAGAUUUGGAGGCUUCUUGAGUCUCUAAAAAAGUAAAAAUAAACAAGACUUUGUUCAAAUAACCAGCCUAGGGAGUUAAGUGCUGAUAUGCUUCUUGAUCAAGAAACUUACAUUCAGUCUGUGCAACUCUCCUUUUUACUUACAAGUACUUGUCUCGCUUAGCUAUACAGAAAAGCAUCAAAUUCAGCUCUUUGGAAGAGGACAUAUUGGUGGAAUUGAUAUCAAGGUAAACAUUCAAAAACAGCUGGGGUAUCUAACCACAGUCGAAAUCACGGAAUUAGAUUGUUCAGAGAGGUGUUCAAAGUUAUGGAUGAAUAAGCAGGCAACAGUUGCAGGGGCGGAUCAAGGAUUUUUCUUAGGAGCGGUUGCAUCACUAAGGAAUGGCAUAACUGACUGGUGACGUAAACAAAUUUUAAAAGCGAAUACCAAGAAGAAGGCUUUUGCAGGCUUCUGACUAGGCAAUAACAUAAUGUGAACUGCUGAGAAUACAUAUCAAACGAUACAGCAGAAUUCAGACAAACUACCAUUUUUAGGGCGUUUAACAUAAAUUCUCCAACCUCAUCUCGUGGUUUACUUCAGCACCAAUAAACCACCAAUUUUUUUUUUGGCAAAAUACCAGUUGAAUUAGAAAGCCGCAGGUCAUCUUAAGGGGGGAGGGGGUGCGCGAACCCCUCCACCCUCCCCCUAGAUCCGCCCCUGAGGUGUACAUGUACACACUUCUUCAUUGUCAUUAUCAGCAUCCUUCGGCCUGAGCCGAGACUCCUCAAACUACUCCUUUCUACAUCGAUAUUUUUUAUAUCAGCCAUCACAAUAGAGACCUCCAACCCCGGAAGGCGUCAUUGUACUGUUUUCACCAUAAAAGUUAGCACAGUUAUUUUUAUUGAAGAAGGUUCUAAAGUUCUCUCAUGAGCGUCUUGAUACUUACUUGUUUCCGUUCCCGCUAAAACUCGUGGUAGAAUGACGACAGCUAUCGUGUUUUCCCGCCAAACUAACGCUGGCCCACGCGCGAGCUUGAAUUUUCUAGUGAUUUAUUUUUUCUUUGGCCUUAAUAUUAGGAUUAAAGUGGUUAACCCCUCUACAACAGCCACUCCGGCCCUUAGCUGGCUGUCCUUGCAAGGCUCGGCUGUGCAUUAGAAUGUCAGUAUGUAGUGAGGUUACAGGUUUUAAAGUAAAAAUCCUUGGAAAAUAAAUUUUUUUUCUUCCCAGUGGCAAAAGAAGGAGACAGGAAAGUUUUAUCAGGAAAUGUUGGAGACAAGACGAACUGUUGAGGAAAAGACCCAAGAGGCGUAAGUAUCUUAUCUUGUCAAUAAUUAACAAAAAAACUACUAACACUGACGCGAAUUGCAUUUGAAAUUAGUUCAAUCCUAGAAGAGAUAAAAAUUGUCCCGAACGGGACAAAUUAUGUCUUAUGUCCGCAUUGCACUGUGAUUAGUGUACGUUUCCCGUGCAUUGUUGGAAAGCCUGGUUCCAGUGUACAUGUAUGUCAAUCGAGGUUUCCAUCGUUAGAAAACUUUGAGUCUGGAAAAAGAAAGUAUUGUAUUGUCUUAGAAAAAGUCCGGGAAAAGCCUCGAAUUUUCCGCCAUCCAAAACUCUGUUCGAACCAUGCUCCAGUUGUGGAUGCUAUUUCUGUUUCUCAAGGCUAUCCGCUCAAGAGAGCGUCUUACGGCAAACGGUAAAUGUCAGAUGGAAUUGGAAUGAGAAGAUAGAAACGGUCCAAAAUCCUUCUUACUGAUGAACCUCAGUGGCAUAAAACUGGUAAUAUUAGAGAGCUGUAGAUUUGAGGACGAGUGCAAAUGUGAGAUUUAACUUAUAGGUUUUUUCGCGUGUUCUCAAACAAAAAAAGACAGCCCCGAAAGCUUUAUUUUACUUUUUUUUUACCAAAAGGUUUAGUACAGUUAUUUAUACUGAAGGAAGUUAAGCCCUCUCCCGAUAGCAAAAUGCUAAAACUUUCUUACAUUUGAUAACUUGUUCCCGCCACUACGACUUCCUCGCUAAAACUCGUUGUUGUAUGUCGACGGCUAUCACGUUUUCCCGCCAAAAUGACGCUGGUUCACGCUUGAGCAAUACUCAGUAUUGAGAAAAUCUUGUACUCGUAGUCGUCCUCGUCAAAGAAUCUAAGGGUGCGUUUCUUUACUAAAAUCCAAAUCGGGAUUUUUAAUCCGAUCUCGGAUUUUAGUGAAGAAACGCACCCUGAAGCUCUACAUUUAAGUAGAUAUAAAAAACAAUAAACGACAAGGAAAGGGGAAACUUGGUCACGUGGUACAAAUUUCCGUUUGCCGUUUGCCGUAAACGUGACUCGUGGUUCCUUCUUUUUUAGGACGCGAAUAAAGAAGCAGCGUGAUCAGGAAAGACAGCGUGCGUUCGAUGAUCGUCACUGGAGCAAAAAAUCCUUGGAGGAAAUGGUGGAAAGAGAUUGGCGGAUCUUGCGAGAAGAUUUUGCCAUCUCUACAAAAGGCAAGAGAUUCUAGGACAGGCUGUUGAAAUCUUGUCGUUUUUGGUCCUGGGCUUGGUUUAUCUGUGCUUUUUUUUCUUUUUGUCUGUGGAUUACUCUGUGUACUGUUAAAUACUAACAUAGUUGCAGUCUUAAUCGUCGUUUCCGUCGCAACUGAAGAAAAAUAACAACUGAAGUGUUAUUGCACAAGGAAUGAGCUGAUUAUCACUAAAUACUCUUAGCUGCAAGGAAUUUUUUUCAGAAAAUGAGAACCAAUUUAAGAACCAAAAUAGCGUAAAUUUGUUCUUAUUACCAUUUAUGUAAGAACUUGUUAAGGCUAACUAGGGAAAAUACAGGUUCUUACUCACGGGUCAUUACUGUAUUUUCUCCCUCCUCAUUGCAGGUGGCAAGAUUCCAUUUCCCCUGCUCUCGUGGAGGGAAAGCACCCUUCCGACUUCAAUAUUGGAUAUUGUAGACAAACUGCAAUAUGAGGUAAGCCAGCCGUAUCGUUUCGGUACGAACUCAAGCAGUGAAAUUGCACAGAGAUGUCGAUCACUUCAAGUAUUUUUAUUUUUUAAAGUUUGCAAUUGAACAAGAAAAACAUUUUGGGUGAAUGUUCUUCGUUCUUUAAGUUAAGUACGUGAAACUAUUUACACCUCGAAGGAACUAACUUGUAUCGAAACGACCGGUAACCCUUUAGUUUAGUCACUUCCCCCCCCCCUUUAAAUGCCACAACCAGAAUGGCGCUUGUUUAAUUUUCACACUCAAGUUAAACUGUUUCUUUACAUCAAUAUUCAUAGUUUGUAAGGUCUGGAAGACGGAGGCAAUGUUAUUAUUCCUUGCUCACGUGGUAUGAGGGUUAGACUGUCAGAGUAUACAUUGAAAAAAAAUCUCGAAGCAUCAUCGGCUAUGCUUUUCUUAAUCUAGUCGCUUAUUUAACCACAGCAGGGCUACCUCAGUUGGUAGAUCAGCAAUGGUCUAGAUUAGAAGGUUGCAAAAGAACUGAGACAGAAGGUUCUGCUCCUGGCAAACGGGUAGACCUUCGCGCGUCUUGGAUGACCACUUUGAAUACAACUGACUUUUAAAUGAAGUCGAUUUUUUUUAUCUGUUUAUUUACUGAGAGGUUUCAUCUACUUUAAAUGAAAAAAGUGAUGUUAUCUGUGGGCAGAGUUUACGCUCAGAAUUAUAUGAUUUUCCCAUGUGAAGAAGCUCUUUCAACUCGUACAAAUGUUUCAUUCGUCCAAACCGAAAGUAACACUUUAGAACAACUGGUAGAUUAUCUAUCCUGUGUGUUCAUAGGAACCAACACCAAUUCAGCGCCAAGCCAUUCCUAUUGGACUUCAGAACAGGGACAUCAUAGGAGUAGCUGAAACAGGUAAACUGAAAGCCCAGUAGGGUUAACUAUUGGGAAAAUUUUAACUAUAGAAAUUGUAUUGCAAUAGGUCACACGGAUAUUGAGAAUAGGCGGAUAACAUUUUUUUUUUCAAUAAAAAGGUAGUGGUAAAACAGCAGCAUUUCUGAUUCCUUUAUUGGUGUGGAUUAUGGGGCUGCCAAAGAUUGAACGUGACGCAGAUGCUGAUAAGGGACCUUAUGCUGUAAUCUUAGCUCCGACCAGGGAACUGGCACAACAGGUUAGUUGGUCAAUUUGCCCUUAGGCGAGUUGGCAUGAGGGCCUCAUGUCAACUCACCAGGGAACUGGCACAACAGGUUAGUUGGUCAAUUUGCCCUUAGGCGAGUUGGCGUGAGGGCCUCAUGUCAACUCACCAGGGAACUGGCACAACAGGUUAGUUGGUCAAUUCGCCCUGAGGCGAGUUGGUAUAAGGGCGUCAUGUCAACUCGCCCCAACCGUUUCGCCCAAACAGAUGAGGCUCGCGUGCAAAGAAUUCACGCUUCCGUUGCGUUGUGCCUUAAGAGCAGCGGUUAUUUUCUUAGCAAAAAAGCCGAGUUUUUGUGGUCUACCUACAUUCAUGGGAUUAGUACAUACGUACAUACAUACUUUCUUGUUUCCUUCCCAAAGGGGCUUUUCAGCAACAAUCAUUAUUUGCAAUCAUUACAGUUAAUUACAACACUUACAUUUUUACUGAUUACAGUGCUUAACUUGUUACUAAUUGCAAUACUUAACUUAUCUAAGAAGCAUUUACAAAAUUAUCUAAAAGCUUGUUCGUUAAGACAGUAGUACACCUUCUCGUCAGCAGUAAACUAAACUAUUAGUUCGACUAACUCACCAGGAUUCGUGUCGUAGGUUAAAAAUAAGUACUUUUAUUGUUACAAAGGUAUACCGCGUUAAAUCCGAGCCAACGGUGCGUUUGUUUUUCUAAUCUUUCCAGAUCGAAGAUGAAGCUGCAAAAUUUGGUCGUCCUCUUGGUGUCAGGACAGUGUCUGUGAUUGGUGGGGUAAGAAAUCUACGCAUAAGUCUGACAAUGUCGUUAUCAGUGGUGUCGUAGCUACCCUGGGUGCAAUGUUGGAACAAUGUUGGAACAAUUCGCAACAAUGUUGCAACGCUGUGUUGUGCUAAAAUCGUCCCGUGAACAUCACCUUAAAUCAUGUUCGCACAUCGAAUCCGCCUUAGCGAGGUACAACGUGGUUCAUCUUACUUAUUGUUAGAGCGGACAUCUGUGGCCAGGACAUGUCGUAGCUCGUGCGGUAGGAGUUCCCGUCCCGGUCGCGAGAAUAAUGGAACAGGACAAAGGUUUCCAACCGUGCGUUUAUUCCUUCUCCAACUUCCCUCCGAGCUUAGAAUUGCUUUCCUAUAAUUCGUAGAGACAGUUGUUGCUGGGUUUCCAAAAUGAAGUCUUUCCCUGAGAAAUGCGUGAAACAGAAUUUCAUGGUUGCUGAGCCCGGAGGUAGUCGCUUAUCAGAGAGUCUAAAUAGAGCGUUUGUGUCAAAUGGGAUUUUGAAAUCGACAAGAGAGAUAAGCACUCAGCCAUAAAAGAAUAAAUAAAAAGUCAAUUAACACCUACCCUUUAUGCAUUUUAUCUCCAGCUUUCUCGCGAGGACCAAGGAUUUCAGCUAAGGCUUGGUUGCGAGGUAAGCUAAUCUCUAGUGCCUCUACUAGCCUUCGUGGCCAGACCGAGAGAGGGAGGAGGAACUUCCCUCCUCCCUCGCACGCUCCUUGCGGUAUCGUGCGCCCGAAUUCCCUCUCCCCUCUUCAUCCUCCCCCCUCCCGAUCGAACACCUGCGUCGUAAGCCACACUACAACGCACUCUCCCGACAAAGAGGGUGAAGAAAAAUUCAUUCACCACUUGAGAAAUGGAAAGGGAACUGGGGCCCAUUUCUCGAAAAGUCUCGGUAUUACACUUUUCGGGCCUGAAAUCAAAUAUUUAAAUCGAAAGAUAAGGAAUAAGAGCGCGGGUCCUGGCCAGCAAACUACUCCAUUUUGUUUCACUAACUGAUAGUUAAAACGGGAGACAGCUUACCGGGCCCGUUUAUAAUCGGGAUUGUCGAGAAACGGGCCCCUGGAGCCGAAAUGCGUGCCGCAAUUGUUUCUGGGAUGGUUACUAGGGAAGCGCCAGUGAGCUAUUGGCCAAUUUUUUUCCAUGUCCCUAGUAACAGUCCCAGUCCCAGUCCCUUUGCAGAAGUUAACUCAGCCCAGAUUCCCUCUCCUUGUUAAAGUGGCGAGUUGUAGAGAAGUGUUUGUUCCCUUUUAUAUUAACAUGUAUCACUGAGUACUUACUCCAUUAUAAUUUUUUUUUUCAGAUUGUCAUCGCUACACCUGGUCGUCUGAUUGAUGUACUCGGUAAAUAUUUUCUGCAUAUUUCUCAUGAGCGAAUCCUCGCGCGCUGAUUGGUCGAGAGCUAUGGUUUAUGAGAGUAUAGACCACUGAAAUGACGUAACAUGUCACGCAGUGCCGGUUGUUUUGUUUGUGGUUUUUAGGAAAAAAAUAAAUGUUAUUGUAAAAAACAAAUCGCCAUAAAAUGUUCAAACCUCUGCGGUGAAACCACUCGCCUGCGGCUCGUGGUUUCACUUGAGUUUUGAACGUUUUAUGACUUCAUUUCUGUGGUCUAUAAGAGUGUAGACCACGAGAAAUUGUGGUCGAUUUGUUAAGUAUCACGAGAAGAUCCGAAAACUACAGUCACAGGUUUUUUUUAGCUUUUUUUCGAAACAAGACUGUAAUGUUAAAAAAAUACGCCAUCCUCUUAUUUUUAUGUUUGAGUCUAGUUUUACCCUAACCUUCCUUAGCCAAGUAUAGUUGUCUUUUCAAAAGGUUGAGUUUGAUCGUCCGGGUGAACGUAGUCCUGAAUAGGACUGUUGUUGUUGACAGUGACUGACGUUUCGACAACCUGUGCGGCAGUCAUCUUCAGAGCCAAAGUGAGUUUUAUCACGUCAGUUGAUGGUAUUAUACUCUGGUUAUUGAUCUGAUUGGUCAAUUAUGUCGCGAUGUUAUUGGUCGUCUGUCAGUUAAGCCGUGAUGUUAUUGGUGAUUGGUGCGUUUUGAUCCGUCUAUUGUCACAGUUAAACAGUCGUCUAUUGUUAGUCAAAUUGUCAGUUCUCCAGUUGUUCUCUCGUAGUUAGUUUUAAUUGAUCUCGUCAAUAAGUCGUUUGUACGGCGCUGGUAACUGUUGGCUACGAUUCAGUGGCGUUUGUUCUAAAGUAAGACGUUGAUAGUAGUCUGUAGAAUACGUUAUACAUGUCGCAGAGUCCCAGUCAAUUUGAUGUUUCGUCUUUAAAUGAUGCUCAGCAAUGUGAUUGUUGACGUCACCAUUCCUCGUCGCGCGUUUGUGUUCGGUCAGUCGCGUGCUUAGGUUUCUGCCGGUUUCACCAAUGUAAGAAGCCUGGCAGUCGCUGCAUUUGAUCUUGUAUACUGCUCCCUGUCUGUCCUCCGGUUUGUCUUUGUCCUUAGCAUUAGUAAGCAGUCGCCGUAAAUUGGUUAUCGGUUUGUGCGCAACACUUAUAUUGUAAGGUUGUAAUAUUCGUGCAAUAGUUUCAGAGGUGCCUCUGAUGUACGGUAUAGUCGCUGUCGUAACAGGGCCAGAGUUGGUCUGAGAGUUGGAAUCAGUGUUACUGUGAGUGUUCCGUCUAACAAAGUCCGUGUUGUAAUUGUUCUUACUAGAAACGUUGUUAAGAUAAUCAGUCUCGUCUAUAGUUGUCUUGUGGUAUCGUCGUAAGUUUUAAGAUAGGUUAAAAAGGGCAGGAAAUUUUCUUUCAUCAACGGCCUCUGUUCCUGCAAUCGAUGGAGGUUUCAAUCCAGGACCCCAGUCCUAACUCUAUUAAUUCUUGCGCUACUGUUCCUCUCCAUGUCUCUCAGGGUUUCUGUAUUUUUAGUCCCUUCUGGUGCCCAUUUGAUGGCGGUGCCGGUGUCGGAAUUGGGUAGAGUUAAACUAAGCUAAGUUAUUCAAAAUUUAAUUUAAGUUAGUCUAAGUUAUACAAAAUUUAAGGCUUAAAAGAAUUUAACGGUAUCCUCCCUCAGAGACGCGAGUGUGAAUCUAUGGAGUUGCAAUUUCGUUGUUCAUAAGAUUUGAAGUAAUUGGUUGAAGCUUUUUGUUCUUCUUUCUUCUACAGAAAAUCGAUACCUUGUACUCAGUCGCUGUUCAUAUAUUGUUCUUGAUGAGGUUAGUAGUUUUAAUUUGUUUUUAUUUUUCUUUAUUUAUUUUUUUUUUUGCGUUAUUUUGAAUCAGAUAAAGAAUAAGCUGUUUUACAAAGGAAAAUGCGGUGGAAAGCCCUACUCUAUACUCAAUCAUUCGUCUGAGCCAUGUCUGUGGUACUAUUGUAGGCUGAUCGUAUGAUUGACAUGGGCUUUGAAACUGAUGUUCAGAAGAUCUUGGAGCAUCUUCCAGUGAGCAACGUCAAACCUGAUUCAGAAGAUGCCGAGGAUCCAGAAAAGUUGUUAGCUUAUAUGGGAAAGGACAAGUUUAGACAGGUUCGUAUAAAUAAAUUAUUGAUUGAUUGAUUGAUUGAUUUAUUAAUUAAACCGCGGGCUCAAUGUUUCUGGGUUUUUAGACUGGGGAGCUUGUUAGAAGUGGGCGGGGCUUAAAGAAUUUUCACGGUUCACAUGAAGUUGCCUUUAAUAUAAUAGUGAACUUACGCAAUAGGACGGGAAAGGAAAGAAGACGGCAAACCUUGUGUGACAAGCGUGACAAUAAUUUUGUUUGAAAAAACAGACCAGAAAACAUUAAUGAUAAGGGAAGACCACGACAACACUCCCAAGUAAUAGCCCUGUCACGUUUGUCACGCACAAGCGUUUUGCCGUCCUCUUCUUCCUGCCGUUCCGUUGCGUAAACUCACUAAUAUCUGUUUCUAGCCUUCGUAUUUCGUUUGCUUCAACAACGAAAAUAGGACUGGAUACGUCUCGUCGAGGAGAUGAAGUUGAGACUCUAGUCGGUGGACAGUACUAGAAUGUAGUGUCACCACCAGCUGAACUUUUGAAAAAUAUUACAGAAGACCAGUGAGCUGAGAUUCCUAUCAUUGACUUUUCUGUUUCACCUUGUUUAGACUGUAAUGUUCACGGCGACAAUGCCUCCACAAGUAGAACGCUUGGCCAGAAACUAUCUAAGGUCAGUUAUCGGUUUGUACUGAAACUGUAUUUUCUAUAGGAAAAUUCAUUACCUGACGAGGGAAUUCCACGUUAAAUUGCACGCGAAAACCGAUAUCGCACGAAUCGCGAAGCGAUGAGUGCGAUAUCGGUUUUCAAGUGCAAUUUAACGUGGAAUUCUCGAGUCAGGUAACGAAUUUUCCUUGAAUCGCAUAAUUGAAUAAAAAUCAGAAGAAAAAGAAAGAAAACGGCAAUAAUAUUGUUUGUUUUUAUCCUGAGCGCGCGCUCCAGAAAGCCAUUUCAAAGUCAACUGUCAGAACUGUCAUUGCGUUAGCGAAUAGGAAGCAAGGUCAGUCGUACACGUUUGAACCUUCGACAACUUUUUUUGUACCUUGUGCUUGUUUUUACAUUUGUUUUCAAACUUUUUACAUGUAAACAAGCUUCACACUAAUCGUAAGGAUAAAUAGAGGUAUUUUACUGAAUUUAGAAGCCGUUUAUGUAGAACGUCUUUUUCAAAUUGGUCAUUUGCUCGAGAAGGAAAAUAAUUUACACCUUUUACCUCUUCGGCGGCAAAACGGAAAGAAAUCAAGUGUCCAAGCGAAAGCACUGAAAGUUUAACAUGUUUAACGUCGCGAUUGACAUAAGGUAAGUACCUUGAAAUGUUUUAGAAAUGCUGUUCAAGUUCAGCUCUGUUUUAUACUUUUCUAAGUACCACGAUUCAGGACGAUUGCAGGCGGCGUACUCUUUUUCGUGUUUUCAGGGGCCAUGUCCUCUUUGAAGGUAUUUAUUUCUUCUUCUGUAUAUGGGACAAUCGACCCCGGCACUUCCUCCGUUGUCGCUUCUCCGUUUUGUUUGGUUGAACUUUGGAUUGCCAUUUUCUGGGCUGUGUUCACAGGAUUUUCUUGUUUUUUCGUUGUCGCGAGUGAAAGAGGUUUUAUGUCUCUUCGAGAAUCUGUAGUUCAGUUCAAAACAAGGAAGAACCUCCGGCUCACUUUAAAAAACGCUUUCGUUUGUUUUUAACUCUUCAAAAAGUGACAAUGAAUGGUUUUGAAAACAUUUUAAAAUGACAUUGUAGAAAACCUUUUUUGCAUGUUGUUGUGUUAGAAUUUGACGAUAGUUGUUACGUAGAUGCGAAACAAUAUCGCUUAGCCUCGUUUUCAACUCGCAAUUCCACACUAAAUACCUCGCUUCGUUAACCAAUCAGAAUGGGAGAUUUUACUUAAUUAUGCGAUUCUAAAUAGAAUAGACGAUCUAUCCGCACACAAAGCCGCUCACAUUAACUAGAACUAACUAAAUAAUAAAUAAUCCCGGUAUAUACCCCUGGUAGAUUUCGAGCAGUCUCUCUUUUUUCUUGGUCCGUUGAACAAAACUCGCGUGACUGAAGGCGCGAGACAGGAGAGGCACGAAAAAAGAGAGACUCUCUUUUAUCUUCUCGGGCUGCCGCCCUCGUUUCUUCUGUCUCGCUCGACGCUCGCGCGCGUGCAUUUCCCUCCCUAAAUCUGAAGAAAAAGAGAGACUGCUCGCAUUCUAACCCCCCAGCAGUAUUUACCGCGCCAAGGCUAGUGAGACCGAGCAAAAGACUGAAAGAAAUAGAUCAAAUAGACCAUUUCAUUUGCUUGAGAAUUAAAAAAAUCGUUUUCAUAUCAGAGACUUCGCACACUUUAGCUUCGUUUUAAAACAGAGGCUUGGGACAACUUGGAAUUGGCCUAUAAACGUAACGAGACUAACAAUACCAACUGGAUGGCGGCAAACCUGUUGGAUAUUUACAACCUUGGUUGAGGAUUUGAACAAAUCCAGCCAGCGGUUAGGGCGGGUAUUGAACCCAGGGUCUUCGGAUUGUAAGUCCAACGCACUAACCGCUCGGCCACGCUGCCCCCUAAUAUCAGCACCCAUAUUCCAAUUCUUAUCAUUUUUAUCAUCACCUGUACCUUUAAGCAGUGAUAUGUCAGGGAGAAAUUAGAUGCUGGUCUACAUUAUAAAACGAGAAGCAUUGACGAAGAAUUCUUUGUUAAAAAGCAACCUCAAGUGACUGGGAACCUAACAUUGUGAUCAUUUGUUUUUCCUUCAGGCGCCCAGCUGUGGUUUACAUCGGUUCUAUAGGUAACUUUUGUUAAGAUCAAGUCUGUUUUAACCCUCCUUCAACCGGGUAUACAGUGUAACGAGAAUCUUUCCGUUUCUUUUUUCCCCUUUGCGGGAUUAUGACGGUCACACAUCGGUCAUUGACGCUGCAUAUCUAACCAGUUUUACACCAUACUGAAUUAUGCCAGGGAUGAUUUCCUGAAAACUAGCUUACCACGUUAUGAUCUAAACUGCAGUUGUCAGGUUAAAAUUGUGAGCCCAGUUCCUCAAAAGAUAUCAGCUAAGUUUAACCCAGGGUAAAACCUAAUUUGAAGCAAAGUUUUUUUGUCUAGGUUAACAUAAUUGGAGGUUUUGAAAUAUUGUCCAGGUUAUUAAAGCGGGCAGCUCUUCUUUUUCUGUUUCUGUGUUAAAGUAAUUCAAUUUUCUCUCAUCACUUCACAGGCAGACCAGUCGAGAGAGUGGAACAGAAAGUUUAUUUGGUUAAAGAACAAGCAAAGAGGUACGCCUGCGUGUAUCAUCUUUUAUAUGUUUAUUAAACUGUAGCAAUGUAUGUAAAUUUAUUAAGGCGAGAUUAAUUGCGGUGUACUGUACUUUUUUCAUCGUAAAACUCUGCUCUUCGUUUAUGUUAGUCUAUCCUGGCACUUCACAUCUUAUCUCCAAGCUACCAAUAACGUUUUGCUGUGUAUCUUUUUGUCCAAUUCAGAUGAAUAUUAACUCAGACUGGCAUUUUGGUGCUAGAAAAGCGACUUUUGAUUAGUAUUGUGGGGAAACUGUCAUAUAAUUGUUGUUGUUAUGUAGCUGGAAAUUUCUUCCCAACAGCGCGCGCUCUCAUUGGUUACUUCGAGGUCACAUUACAUCUAACAGUUAAACCGUUUCCCGCCAAAAUCUCUGAGCGGGUAACAUUGAAAAAUCUAUGACGUCAGAGGGUAACAGAGCAGUGUUACCUGCGAACGUUGACAGUUACAGCGAGGUUUAAUGAAUUUCAAUCUAUAUAACAAAUCGUUUCGAGAAACAGUUAAUUUAGUUUCCCUCGAAUCUCAAUGUCUCCCUCGGCUUAUUAGGAAAUAAUAUUAACUGUUUUGCUCGGGACCAGUCUUUUUAAAAGUGUUUGUUGUUGUUUCCUUGACAGGAAGAAGUUGUUAGAGAUAUUGAACGCUGGCAUUGAUCCUCCGAUCAUGAUAUUUGUCAAUCAAAAGAAGGUGAGAGUUGCGUGUCACCGCAGCUGAUAGUUGAGAUGGCGUGCAAAAAAAAUAACCCACGGAAAUUGAGCGGAGAUCAGUGAGAGCGAGGGCGGAGCUCUCAUGCACUGACUCCCUCCUUGGGGAUAGCUUGGACGAGAUGGGCACGCGAGGAAGGAGGGAAGUCGUUGCGCGCCUUUCAUGUACUCUCGUGCUGUACAUCCCCUUUUCCCGUCUUCAAUGCUGGCUAGUCUUCGUUCGGUUUCUGUAACAAAGCGAAGCUACGCCUCGCCGAUCUCCAGAGUAAAGAGUCACAUAUCGGAUAAGUUUUCGUACUGUACCGGAUACCUUCUCGCUUCGACACGAAAAGCUAACCGUUAUAGUAUGAAUACAGCCUGAGAUUGGAUUACGAGUAGGAGGAGAUUGAGUAGGAGCUUUCAAACCAAGUUCAUGAGCUCCAGAUAAACACUUUCCACAACAAUCUCUUACGUCUCUCUACGUUUUGUUAGCAGCAGGAACAAGUGAGUUACCUGAGAACAUAAAUGGCUUGAAAUUCCAAUGUCGUACUCACAGUCGAUGAUCACGCACUCCGAGUCAAAUCUAGAGGUUGCUAAUUAUGAGACGACAUAUCUGUAAUAAAGUUUAGCUGAUUAACUCUUUUUUCGUCUGUCUUAGGGAGCGGACGUGCUCGCCAAGUCCCUGGAAAAAAUGGGCGUAAGUUAUCGUUUGUUGGCGUUGGGCGUGGGUGAUUUUAUAUCUUUUCUCUUCGAUGUAGGCUAAGGUUUUGUUGUAAUUUGUUUUACCAAACGAACUUUAGCCUACGAGCAAGCUCUCCAUUGGGGGUGAGGACAGGGGGUUGGCCGGGGUGUGGGGUCGCGAGAAGUCACGCGAGAGCAGCACGCUCGCGCCUUUGCUCGCCAUACAUGGAGAGUUUGCUAGCAGGCUAAACGUACUUGAGUGAAGCAGUGACUGCUUGAACGCUAUUGCGGAUCACUAAGUUGUUUUUAUAUAAGGAUUUUUUGUGCCAGGUAAAACGAGCAAAUUCUGUUUUGGUCGUCAGUUUUGACUGACAGCGUAUAAGGCGGAUCGUGAACACUCGGGGCAAACGUUUUUCACUGUCAUUCUUAAAGUGCCUGGUUUGCCCACUAUUUGAUUUCAUCUUCGAUCGUUUUUAUCCUUUUGUUUCUUCAGUUGCAUACCUUCCCGUUUUUUAAUUUUCGUUCCCGAGAGCGGGCACAUACAUAACUUCCUGAAUUUUUUCUUACAGUUCCGUGCUACAACACUCCACGGUGGACGAAACCAAGAACAAAGGUGAGGUUGAUAUGUAACCUCUUCUUUUUAUUUCGUCGUCAUGGUUGUUAAAUAUCUGUUUUGUAAAUCUAGAGAGACACCGAGAGUAUAGGAAACUAAGAAAACAAGGGCCUGAACAAGGGUAUUGGACGGAUGGAUCGAUGUUUCAGUGAAAUUCCCGACUGUUUUGUACACCAGUGUUGUCGUUUUUUACAUGAAGUUAUGAUCGUCGCAGUGGUAGUUGUAAUUUAAGCAAUUACAAAUAUGUAUAAACCCGAAAAAAAAAGAAAUUCGGGACUUCAUCGAACCCAUGGCCUUUGCGUUAGCGCUGCAGUGCUCUACCAUUUGAGCUAUGAAGACCCAUAUAUUGGGAGCAGGCCAAUUUGUUUAGUUCACCUUCACCGGUGAAAGGAAUGAAACAUGAAAGACGAUGUGAACUGCCGAAGUACAAAUUUUAUGAAGAUAUGAUCGUCGAAGUGGUAGUUGCAAUUUAGGCAAUAACAAAUAAACCCGAAAAAAAAAAACCGUUUUUAGGUUAAACAGCUCUGUCAACGAUAAUCUUCGAUCGGGCCCUUCUUUUUUUAGCAAGCACGACGAGCCCGCAGUCGUUUGCUUGAUUAAACUUUGCAAACAUUUUUGCCAUGCAUCUCUACACUCAGUUUCAUUAGUUUGUCAACUGAGUCGAACAUACGCGGUUACUUAACAUCUGCAUCUUAAUUCUGAACGUGUCAUAAAGAUUCAUUUUGUUGGUUUUCUUUCAGAGAGUUUGCAUUGUCGAGUCUUAAAGCUGGUGCUAAGGACAUCCUUGUGGCCACUGAUGUAGCCGGUCGUGGUAUUGACAUCAAGUAAGUUUCAUGAUAAACAGUUUGAUUUCUUUGUUUUCUUGUUUUUGUUGUCUCCAGGCCUGAAGAUGAUUUUCUUAAACUCAUUUUCAAACCCAACCUGGAGACCGGUUAAUCGGAGAGAACCCUGGGAACGGGGUUGAUGGUCAAACUUCUGAAGUUUUUUUUUUUUCACUAAAUGUGUGUUUUAUAGCGCAAGUAAAAUCUCUCAAAUUUGAUUUCUUCAUGUCAUUUCUCUUCCAGGGACGUUUCACUUGUUCUUAACUAUGACAUGGCCAAGUCAAUCGAAGGUAAGUGAUGAGUUUAACAUUGAAACCUUAAGCUUAAAGUAAAAGUAAUUCAUCGAGACGAACGGUGUUGAUAAUCGUAUCUUACGAUAUACAAACUUUAUUAAGUACGGGGUUAACCAGUAUGUGAUGCGUUUAAUUUUGUCUCAUUUCUUCAUCCAUGGAUUGUACACUUUUGGUUUUAUGUACUAUAUUAUUGUAAUUCUUUGACAAUUUUGAAAGAUUAUUUUGAUGUUUCAGUCAAAUUAUGUCUAUUCCGUGAGUGCUGGAAUAGACCUUAUUCACGAUACGCGCCAUCUCACGAGCGAAAGGAUUUAUGGGAUAAAGGAAAUAUCGUGUGGUUUCUAAGGAGGCAAAAAAACUUAUUAAAAGCUGUCCAUAAAAGAAAUCGCAGCCGAGUUUGUUUAUUCCCUCAGAUGAGAAACCACGUGACAUCCCAUUCCAUCAACCUUGCGCGCUUCCAAAGGUGGCGGGUAUUAUGAAGAAGGUCUAUUGCCUAAAUUUACGGAAGCCACCACAUAGCCAGUGCCCUAUGGCUGCUAACAUGUCAUUGUUUUCAUUUUUUAUCAGGCUACACUCAUCGUAUUGGUAGAACCGGUCGAGCAGGAAAAACCGGUGUUGCCAUCACGUUUUUGACCCAGGAGGACUCAGCAGUGUUUUAUGACCUCAAGCAGACAUUAUUAGCGAGUCCCGUACGUACAAUGCUUUUAAUUUUACCGAGCGUCAAAAAACCCAUUUUUCCACUCACUGAAAGUUGAUUCGACUAUAACUAACUGAUUUAUGUUCUUGCAAAUCUUGUAUAUUGUUUAUGAAUUUUAUUGUUCAUAUCUGAGUCUGAAUUGGGUUAAAAUGUUUAUUCUUGUUUGCCCAAAAUUUAACAUUUAAUUUAAAAUAUUUGGUUAUAAGGGUUAUAGUGUGUUAGGCGAAAAUUGAGUGUUACAGGGCCAAUGUAGUGCUCUAAAUCUUUAACCAGGCGCUAGUUAAGUAUCAGACUAAUUUUCGUAUUUACUAUUAUUUUAUGUAUAAGCGAAUGGAUUCUUAGUCGUGCUAUGGCGAAUAACAAGCAAAAAACACCAACAUGAACAGUUGUCAGCGGUUAUGACAUGGGGGAGGGGUACAUUGUCUUUAGUAAAUGGCUUAUUUCUGUAUCGUUUAUAGGUGAGCCACUGUCCUCCGGAGCUUGAUAAACAUCCUGAUGCACAGCACAAACCUGGCACAGUGCUUACAAAGAAGAGAAAGGAAGAAACCAUUUUUGUAUAAAUACCUAAAUAAAUCCAGUAUUCGCAAGGCCGGAAGCCGCUUUUUAUGGCCGUGAAAAUAGUAAAACAGUCAAGGGUAUAAAGCUAUGAAGAAAAUAAACAAAAUUUUAAAAUAUUUAUUAGUGAUAUCUUUUAAAACCUUUUCAGAGCAUGAAUGAGUAAUUAAUGCAUUAUUCUUUAUUCUUGACAUGCUAGCGUCGGAGCCUCCAACCGCGUCUGACUGAAACAAAGAGUUUGGCUGGGCUGAAUUUUAGACGUCUCAGCAGUCAAGGUUUUAUAGAACUUGCCCCUGUUGAUUUUUCAAGCCAUCUUUUUCUAGCCUGUUCCAGGCUCUUACGGUGAUGUUACACGGAACGAUUCGUAGCGACGAUUUUUAGCGCAACACAGCAUUACAACAUUGUUGCGACGUUGUUUCGAAUAGUUGCAACAUUGCAACGCAGUGUUGCGCUAAAAGUUGUCGUUGCGAAUCGUCUCGUGUAACAUUACCUUAAGAUAGUAGUAGCCUGCGUAGCAGGCGCUUGGAAGUAAUUGGGCGCAAAAAAGAACGGGGCGCGCGAGGGAGACACGCGAGGGGAGAGGGUGUCUCCCUCGCGCGCCCAGUUCUUUCCUGCUCCCAAUUACUUCCAAGCGCCUGCUACGCAGGCUUAGAUAGAAAGGUUGACG